AUGGUUGGGGAGGGAACGCAGGCGGAGAGGGGCGCCCCCGGCGGGGCUGAGAGCGGCGGGACGCCGGGGGCGCGGAGCCCGGGGCCGGCCGCGCAGCCCAAACUUCGCCUCAACUCUCGGCGAACUUGCCGGUGUGCCGGGCCGGGCCGCGGCGUUGCAGCCUGCGGGUCUCGGCGCGCCGCCCUGCGCCCGAGCGGCUCCCGCGACGAGGAGAAGAGCUGCGCGGGGCGGACGGGCCGGCGGACGGCAGCGGCGCGGGAUCGAGAAGGCCCCAAUCGCGGGGCGGAGGCGGCGGCCGCGAGGCUCGGAGUGGCAGCAGAAAGUUUGGGUUUCCGCACGGAGUGGCUGUUUGGGUGCCGCCUCCGGGAAGGAAAGUCCAGCCCCCAGCCAAACUUUGCUCGCCUUGCUCGCUUUGAUGCGCAGAUCCCUCCGCCUCUGCGGCCUCGCCUCCCCGCUGCCCUCCUCCUCCUCCUCCUCCUCCUCCUGCCGGCUCGCUCGCUCGCUCGCUGGGCAGGUCCGGGGCGUGCGCCGCGCUCCCGCUCCCGCUCCCGCCCGCUCCCAGUCUAUGUUUCAUGCAAAUCCGCGUGCAGCCUCCUUUCCAAGCGCUGUCACCGCCCCCUCGCCGCCGGGGCUCCCCGCCUCCUCCCCCGCGCCCCGCCGCCUCCUCUCCCGGGCGCCCUGCCCGCCCCCAGCUCCGGGGAGGACACCCGCCUGCCCUCGCCCUGCGCCCAACACGCCCACGUGGGCGACCCGGCACUGCUGAGGCCCCGGGCCCGUAGCCGUGCGGGCGUGGAGAGGAAGUUCUGGGAGUGGGGUGGCGAGAGGGGCCCCUGGCGGGCAGGCAGAACUCGGGCCUCGCGUCCGCUCUGGGAUCCCAGGCUGAAGAAGCUCCGUCGCAGUUGCGGGCCAGAGAGGGUUAGACUCGCGGCUGGCGGCGGUGCCCCCAGAAGACCCGGACCCAAGACGCGGCGCACGCGGAAGAUAGCCCAAGUGCUGCCCUCUGAAGUAAUCUGCACAGUAGUCCCUGAAGUAGAUGUCCUUAUUCUUCACAUCUAUGAAUGAGGCACCUGAGACACGGAGAGAUUUCUGGACUUCUGGGGAUCCCACAUGGCAGAGCUGGGGCUUGAGCUCAGGACUUCGUGAGCCUUAUUCCGAAAUUGCCAUUGCACCCAGCUGCCUCAUAGAGCAAGGCAGAGGUGACUUUGUUAAGAGAGCUCUUUGCAAAACAAAAGUUCUUUAUACAGGCUCACUAUUGUGAGAGCUUAAGAAAUGUUUGCUUGUGGUGACAUAGACUACAAAUAGCUUUCCUCACAGCCUCCUAGGUCUGCUGCGGGACCCUAAUGUUAAAGCCUCACUGAAAGAGAACCAGCAGCUGUGGAGUAGUAGUAGAUCACACCUUGGGCCCCAGGAGUGGUGUGGUGCAGGGAGCCGAGUUCAGGCUAAGGCAUCCGUGGAGCAUCUCAAUGCAGGUCUGGGAACUCUGAAAGAUACCAAGGGACCUAGGGAAGCACCAAAGAGUGGGGUCAGGGUGUGCCUGAGUGGGCAGAGGAUACAGAGGGACCCUUGCAGUCAUUAUCUUGUAGAAAAUGGUUAAUUUUAACCCAAACCUCAAAUCCAGCAAGGCCAGCCCUUGAGAGUCAGCCAGAAUACAAAUUCGGGCUCCAUCAUCAAUUAAUGUGGCUUUGGAUCCUGGCUAUUUCCCUCCUUCACUUUUUUUCUUUCACCUUAAGAAUGAAGCUAAUAGGGUUCUUAUGGUGCAUAGUGGUGAAUUCAGAAAGAGCAUCAUACGCAUCCUGCUCCAGUGCAACCCUUCAUCUUACACGAAAGAGAGCCAGUUUGCACUAGGGAGGGAAGCAGCCCAAGAGAGAUUCAAGGAUUAAAUGGAGUGGAAGGGCCUGGAGUGUACCUCACCUUCUAAACUCACGGCAUUGGAAGGGGCCCUUGUUCAACCCCCUCACUUUGCUGAGGGGAGGAAAAAACUAGUCAGCCAACUAGUUAGUGUGACUGAACCAUGCAUGCUUUCCCACAAAUCUUUUCCAAGGCAGCAUUGUUGUGACAGGGUCUGCUGGGUGUGCAGAAAAAUAAAAAGCUGGACCCACAUGGGAAUCUGAUGGUGCUGUCUCUGGGCUAGAUCUUUCUCCUCCAGUGAGAAAAGUUGAAGAAUAAGCCCUCUAGGAAGAGUGAGAAGUUACUUUUUCUCUGUUCCAAGAGACCCUUACAUGCCCUCCCCAGUUUGGGUGAUAAUGGGUAAGUGGCUACUGAUGGAUGCAACUCUGUUCUGGCGCCUGGUUUCCUGGGGCCCAGCCAGGCCUGCUUUGCAGAGGUUGUCCUUGUCCUUGGAAGGGAAACAUUAGCCCAGUUAAUUUUUCAUCAUGGUAAGUGCAAAGUUCAGGAGAGGUGGGAUGGGGGUGGAGGCACAGCUCUGUCUCCCUGGGAAUAGUCAGCCCUAUCAGGAGCCUCCAGACAGACAUGCCAAAGCAUGUUUGGAGCAGCUCCCACAUGGAACCCUGGAGAGAAACGAACACCUGACUUCGGUUAUGUUUUUUUUCCCACUAGCCAAAGGGUGUUUAAUCAGCAAGUGGUGAGUCUAGAAAGAACAUUGGGAUCAUUCUGUCUUCAUUUUACAGAGACAGAAAGGGAUAUCUGAGGAAGGGAGGUGAGCAGGUUGGAACUAGAACUCUCCUGAGCAUGUCCUCACCCAGAAGAGGGCCUCUACCUACAGCCAGGUCUCUGUAGAUCUUUAUAGCACCUUACCCAGUAGGCUCUCCUGGUACCAGAGAACCUGGGUUAAACUUCCAGCUUCACCACUUCCAGCUGUGUAACUUAACUCUUAUGUGUCAGUUUCCUCGACCAUAUAAUGGGAAUGGUAAUAAAAUUGCUUCUUAGAUUA